AUGAAGCAUUUACUACCAGAGGGUUCAAAACUUGGAGUACUAGUACUACUUCUUUUAGAAAACAUCAGAAAACAAAAUCACAUUUCUAUAGUACUGAAUCAUUAUCAAAUGUCCAUAAAAAAAUCUAUUGAUGUUGUUUUAGAUGAAGCUAAAGAGCUAGUUCUGAGUAAAAGAGAAAGUGGUAGGUUGAAUAAUAGAAGUAUAAUGCAAAGGUUAAUUGAUAUAACUAUACUUUUAGCUAAAACUGAAAAGCCAUUCAGAGGGCACAAUGAAAAUCUAAAGAGUGAUAUUAGAGGAAUGUUUUUGGAGCUUGCCUGGCUGUUUAAAAAGUAUGAUACGACAUUAAAAAAACAUUUGGAUGAAGCCCCCAAAAAUGCAACUUAUAUUAGUAAUUUAAUUCAAAACGAUUUGAUUUUAUCUAUUCAUUCUGUUCAUAAAAGAAAACUUGUAUCUUCUCUAAAAAACAAAAAAAUAUCAAUCAUGGCUGAUGAAACUAGUGACUGUGGCCAUCACGAACAGAUGUCAGUUAUUGUAAGAUAUUACGAUGAUAUAAUCAAUUCACCAGUUGAGUAUUUUGUUUGCAUGAUGCAACUAACAGCAGUAGAUUCACAGUCUAUUUUUGAUUCUCUAAGUUCCAUUAUAGAGAAACAAUUGGGUCUCAGCUGGUUGGAUGUAGUUGCUGUGUGUUUUGAUGGAGCCGCUACUAUGGCAGAAUCUAACGGUGUCCAAUUAAAAUGCAAAGAAAUAAAUUCUAAAAUAUUCUAUGUUCAUUGUCAUGCACAUUGCCUAAACUUAGUAUUGAUAGAUUCUAUUGGCCGAAAGAAUCGAUUAGUUUUUGAUUUCUUUGGUACAAUACAAUUUUUGUACUCAUUUAUAGAGGGUAGUUGUAUUCGACACGCUAAAUUAGAAAAAGUAGCCACAGAAAUAAACUUAACUCUUAAAACUCUAAAAUCUAUUUCUACAACACGAUAG